CCUGUGUGCGCCUCUGCCUCUGUCAGUGCCAGUGCCAGCGCCUCUGUCAGUGCCCGUAGUGCCCGCAGCGCUAGUCGCAGCCUGUCGUGCCGCCUCGCCGCCUCGAUUCCAAACAGUACGUGCGUUCGCAUUGCAUUGGCUCGCCUUCGCCUCCGUCUCCGACUCCAACUCUGAUUCCGACUCCGGCUCCGGCUACGGCUCCGGCUCAAACUUCGAUACCGACUUCGUUUUCGCUAAUGCCUUUGCCUUUGCCUUUGCAUUUGCCACCGCUGUAACCUGGCAGCAGCAGGCGCUAAGAUUUUCAAACAACGUAGUUCUCAAUCGCAAACUGUUCCGACUUUUGGAUUGUUUAACCGUUCAAUCGUUUGACCGUCGGCAUAUGCGCACCAUGAAAAAAGUGUAAAAUUCGCGCUAGUUUUGAAAUACAUGUGGUGCACACCCACUCACACACACACACACACACAAAUACACACACGCGCACUUAAAGAGUGUUCGCUGGAAGUUACAAGAAAUUCAACAUAAUUACAACAAAAAAUAUUACAAUAAAAGUAAAAAGCAAAUCAGAAAUCAAAACAACUCAAUUUGGAGAACCAACACGGAAGAAGUUCAGUUCAUGCACAAGUUGCAGCUAAAAAUUUUGAGUCCAAUUCAAACGAAUUUGGAAAAUUGUGCGGCUUUUGCUUUGUUUUGUUCAAAAUCGUGCCGUGCGUCUUUUGAGUACAUAUAAUUAUUAUUAGUUCAACCUGGAAAGCAAACCGAAAUUAAAUGACAGUGCACAGUAAUGAAACCGGUGUCUGUUUAGUAAUGAAUGCCGUUUCAACUCGCCUUGCUGCCUCAUCGCCUACCACGCCCACUUCGAACGCCGCACAGACGCCGCUCUCACAGCCAGCAUCAUCGACGUUGCCACCGUUGCCAACGCUAGCGAAUCCAACAACCGUCACCGGCACCGGCACCAGCACCGGCUCCGGCCACGGCAUUGGUGCCGGCCCGGGACCAACGCUUACCGCAGCCGUAGCUGCUGCUGCCGCCGGCUUGCCACCGGGUGUGCCCCUGCCAUUGACUGGGCCAGGCUCUGGAAUGGUAACAUCAACAGUGCCGCCGGGUGCUCGCUCCGGCUCACCGUGCUCGGCCGCUGUCACGCCAUACGGCGCGGGAUCGGCCGGCAGCAGCGCUGGCGCCGGACCAUCAACAUUGCCGUCUGUGGGCGUUGGACCGCCGCCGGGCGUGCCGCCGGCGCCAGGCUCUGGCAACCCGAAUCCGAAUCGCUGCUGUGACACCGGGCGCACCAUCUACACGGAUCCCGUUAGCGGCCAGACCAUUUGCUCCUGCCAAUACGAUAUGCUGAACUAUCAGCGUUUAGCUGCGGCCGGUGGACUCGUCGCCGGACCCGGCGGCGUACCGCUUGGCGUCUACCCAGAGGGCAUGUCUGCCUACCUGUCGGGCAUCGCCGCCGAUCAGCCUCCAUUCUACGCUAAUCCGGCCGGCAUUGAUUUAAAGGAGAACCUGGUGGCCGGAGCUGCACCGUGGCCGUAUCCAUCAAUGUAUCAUCCGUAUGACGCAGCCUUUGCCGGUUACCCCUUCAAUAGCUAUGGCAUGGACUUGAAUGGUGCCCGGCGCAAGAACGCAACGCGCGAGACGACAUCAACGCUCAAGGCCUGGCUGAACGAGCACAAAAAGAAUCCUUAUCCCACGAAGGGCGAGAAAAUAAUGCUGGCGAUUAUCACUAAAAUGACGCUCACCCAGGUAUCCACCUGGUUUGCAAAUGCGAGAAGAAGACUGAAAAAGGAGAACAAAAUGACCUGGGAGCCAAGGAAUCGAGUCGACGACGAUGAUGCUAACAUUGACGACGACGAUGAUAACGAUAAGAAUACGGAGGACAACGAUUUGCUAGAUGCAAAGGACUCUGGCCUGGGCUCAAAUGAUGACAAGGACCGUAUCGGGCGACUGGGCGAUAUGAUGGCCGACCGGCCCGGCGAGAGCAAUAACAGCGAAUGGUCUGAGUCGCGGCCCGGUUCGCCAAACGGCUCGCCAGAUCUAUACGACCGACCUGGCACCCAUCCGCUGUUCCAUCCCGCCGCCCUGCAUCAUCACUUCCGGCCACCGACUGGCUCGCCACCGGACAUCGCCGCCUACCACCACCAUCAGCAGCAGCUACUGCAGCAGCAUCAGCAGGCGCAGCAGAAUUCGUUGCAAACCGCUGUCGGCGGCACUGGGGCCAGUUUGGCCGUGAAGCCACGCAUCUGGUCGCUGGCCGACAUGGCCAAGGAUGGCAAGGAGUCGAGCUCUGGCAACAAGGAUAACUCGCCUGCUGGCGAGCUGCCACCGUCUCAGCCGGCGUUCUAUGGCCAUGCGGGUCACAACCAGCAUCCGUCUCCGGGCAAGAUACUCUCGCCGCUGGCUGCUCGCAUACCCAACUAUGCGCCAUAUGUGCGCCCGGAUUUGUAUCGCGGCUUCUAUGGACCGGCUGCAGCUGCUGCCGCCCAUUUGAGCGCACCCACGCAGGAGUUUCUGGAGCAUCAGCGGCAUUUUGGUGCCAGCCUAGCGGCUCACAACGGGCUCGGCAUGAAUCCGUUGCUGUGGAAAGCGGCGGUGUCCGGUGCAGCAGGUGGCCAGCACUUUGCGCCGCUCAGCCUGACAACCAGCAGCAAUGCGGGACCAGCACAGGUGGCACCGCCGCCGGGUGCAUCGCCGUCAGCGUCCAGCUCGUCGUCGUCAAUGGGCUGUGAUGUGGUGCAUAUACCCACCAGUGGAUCGCAUUCGACAGUGCAGCAUAUGAUCGGGCCCAUAUCCAGCAAUUCGACCUCUUCAUCGUCCUCCUCCAAUUCCGGGAAGAUCUCUCCUGGUGUAAAUGUCGUCAGUCUAAGCGGCAAGCCAUGACACCCAUCGCAAUCGCAAUCGCACUCGCACUCAGCCUCAGCGUCCGCGUCGGCGUCGGCGUCCCCUGAUCCGUACGCAUU